GACAGACAGGAAAUGGGGAGAAGAGUUGGGGGAAGACAUGCAGCAAAGGGCCGUGAGCAGGGAUCGAACCCGGGCCGCUGCGUCGGAGACCAGCCCCUAUACAUGGGUCGCCUGCUUAACCCAUUGAGCACCCCGGCGUGGCUUAGCUGACGUUAAAAGCGACUUUAAUUCUGAAGAGGUCAGAGCGGAUGUCGACGUUGAAUAAAACACAUACGGAGGCUAGCCGCUGUUUGAUAGUUGCUGGAGCUCUGCUGGCGCACCAGCUCUUCUCUAUCCACCCUGGCGACAACAUGCUUCCUGCGAAGGAUGAGUGUAAAUUCGUGCAUUGUGUGAAGAAUGAGCUGUGGGCAUACAGAAAGAAGAGCAACCGAGAGAGUGUGCUCCUGUUUCCCCCUUUACCCAGCAGACUGCGAUACCUGAUUCACAAGACCGCAGAGGACCUGCCAGACCUCAGCACCUUCUCUGUAGGGGAGAGCUGGUGUCGCAGGGUGGUGGUUUGCCACUCUGAGCUCAGGGGUCAGGUUGAGGAUGGCAGUGACUUGGGCAGCAGCUUGAGUGAAGAGCCUGUAAGUAGCAGUGGGGAUGUGGUCAGUGGUGUCAAAUCUAAACAUUCAAUCCCAACACAAAACCGAAGACCUAAAAGGCCAGAUAAGCCCCUCUACGUGCCACGGGCUGCUCGGGAGAGACUGUCUUUACAAAACUCAGAAGGACCCACGGCUUGUCAUAGCAGUAGCUCCAUUAGCAGCUCAUCAGACUCUUGUUCCUGCCCUGAAAGUAAAGAAAAUGAAAAGAGUGAAUCUACUACCAGACAGGGAUCAUUCGGCAUUGUAGCAGACAGUGUUCUUGACUCUUCCUCAAACAGUUCAGCACUGUGUACUCGGGAAGAGAAACGAAACUUGGAGCUGAGGCUGCAUGACGGUGAGACCGUUGUCUGGGACGAGAUUCAGUCUCACUUCGGUAACAUGACCGUAAAGGACGAGGAGGAUGUUGAUAUUGUGUCGAACAGUCCUCUGACAGAAGACAGAGGUACAGACACAGAUGAUGUUACUGAAGAGAUCAAGGCACAUCUGAAAGAGGCGGUUUCUGUUUUCAUUGAGCAUGUCCAGAGUGACUACUCUUUUUAUGAGUUGAUGCAUUUUAACUCGGAUGACUUUCGCCAUGUGAUUGAGAUUUAUGACUUCCCAGCUAUGUUGAAGACAGAUGACCUUCUCGAUGCUUUCGUAGAGUACAGCGAUGGUGGAAUGAAGAUCCAGUGGGUGGACAAUACGCAUGCACUUGGCGUUUUCUCCAGUGAGUCGGCAGCACUCCAGGCCCUCUCUGUCUGCCACCCACUGCUGAAGACACGAACACUGGCUAAUGGAAGUAAAAAAUCCCAAAGCAAGGCCAUCAGAUCAGCAGAGUUUAUCCAGCCAGUGAAGGAACGGCCAAGGACGGACUGUGCUGUCGCCAGGCGGAUGGUCACCAGAGCCUUGGGCAUACAGGGACAAGGCAGAGUGCCGCGAUAUUAAAGAAAAAUGCUAGUGCUGUUAGCAGAUACUGCAGAAAGGUCCCGCAGUGGCUGGCCUGCAUUCACCAGCCGUCUGAAAAGAUGCCACAGUGGUCAUAAACAGCUGACUGAUUAUGAAGAGUACAGCUGCUGUUCAGCACUGUAUGUCCUCUUCACUGAAAAAGGCAGCCGUCAACAUCCACCCUGCUGAAGUGUCUUUGAGCAAGACACAAUUACCCUCAGAGCUGCUGUCCCGUAGCUGAACCUGCUCCCUUUGGACAUUGCUGUUGUGGUUCUUGUUGCUCACUGUCAGCACCACGUUAAAGAAACAAGGUAUAGAAUGGAUGGUUCUAAAAUCACUGGAAAUACUGGAAGAAUGUCUUAAAAUGUUUGAGUUUUAUUGCAUGUUGACUUGAGACUAAGGUGCGUUUCAGGGGUGUUAAAUUUACGGACAGGGUGUUUUUGUUUCCACUUUGUGAUGCAGAGUUAGUUGCAUAAUUGUGCAUAAGUGUUUCCUCCUUCCAACUUAGUGUGGCCAUGUUACGCAAAAUGCAGGUUCAUUUAAAUUUUAUUGUUUUUAAACAUAUUCACAUGUCCAGCUUCAGCUGCCGAGAGUGCACAGACAGAUGCUACCUACCGACACUGAAACAGCCCGUUUAGAGCAGGGUGAAAAGGCCAAACCAAGUAAUAUAUGCAGCAUUUUGAACUUAAGCUUGAAAUACACAUUAUUGAGACAUGUGGCACAUAAACUACCUUGUUUAAAAUGAGUAUAUUAUGGGACCUUUAAUGACAAAUUCAUCCACCGGGUAAUGUUCAGGAUCUCAAUAGUAAUGAAGAUUUAUUAACAGAGUUCUGUUUGUGCAAAAAUAACACUAGUCUGUCAAUGUUUCUGAACUCAUAUCUUACAAUGUUUUGUUUAUUUUAAAACAAAUUGUAAGACUUUAAGUGGUUCCUAGUAUUUUACUUAACACAUAGCUACUUUACGCAAAGUAUUCAUGUUCUUCACACCACAUUACAGAAAACGGUUUUGAACAGCUGAAGUUUGAGCUCUGGAAACUUGAAUGUUCGGUUCUUUUAUACUUGUUAUGGUGCUGUUAUUUUAAGGUCCUUUUGUCACUGACUUAGCAUCAACCUUAAAUCAGUGAAAGAUGCCAUACAGAAAGAAUUAUAAAUGUUUGGAAAAGAUGUUCAAUAUUUUAGUUUUGUUGUGCUGAAAUAGCUUGAUCUUGAAAUUAUUUUAGUGCCUCAUAAGAGAGAGAAAGAAAUUAUUCUUUGGAAUCUCUGCAUUAUUUUUGUAGAAAUAAGCUGCAUCUGUUGGGUAGUUCAGUGAAUUAAAAGUAAAGUGAACCAGUUCAUGCUGUCAAAAAGUCUUAAAGGGGAACUUUGGUUUUUUUUCAACCAGGGGUCUGUUUUCUCAUCUCUAGUAUGUUGUGGGACACUCGUUGAAACUAUCCAAGCCGGUCAGUGUGGGGGAAAAAACACGUUAGGGCGGACUUUGAUGCGGGGGGCAAGUUGCCCCAUACUUUUCACUAGCCGAGCUGCUAGCUGAGCUGCUAAGCUGCCUGCCUGGCUAAAUACUGGAGCUAUGUCAAAAAUUCAUUUCUCCAUCACUCACAUGUAUGAAAUGACGUAUGAAAACAGACCCCAGGUUGAAACAAAACCGAAGUUCCCCUUUAAUGUUAAGAAUGACUCAACUGUAAUAUGAUGCUAUUAAAUUUACAUCACAUGGAUAUUUUUAUGCACAGUCACCCAUUUCAGGGGAUAGAAACGUAAAUAAACUCAGAAUAUUUAGUAUAAUGGUGCAGAACCUACGCUGUCACACCGGUUCAGGACGUGAUGAUUCAAAUGUCACAGACUCUGCAUUUUAAUGUAGAUUUUCCUUUAAAUAAAAUUGAAUACAGUGCAA